AUGCCUACCACAGCCAAGCCAGUAUCACCUUUCUUUGGUCAUGAUUCCACUGUUCCUCCACCUUUACCCUCCAUGCUAACAGAUCAAAUUGAGUUAUUUGGAAGUCCAUGCUGCCAUAUGACACUGCUUGCUGAUGAAGUUCUUGCUCCAGCUGGUUUGGACACAAGGCAGGUCAUCAAGUCUGAAGAAUUGCCCAACUCCUAUGAGUCAAAGAUUCCCAAGCCUAUUGGGGAGCCUGGACAUCCUGGACAUGGAGAGUACACACUUGAAAUUGCUCUUGAUUGGAACCAUAAAAUAUAUGUGAAGUUCAAGAAACACAUUUUCCACCCCAUCAAUGAACACCUGGACAUCACCAAGUGUGCAUCUGUGCAAAACCCAACACUUCUCAGACUUGUAUGCAACAAGGCUGUGGCUGUGUUCCCAGACCUUGAUAACUAUGCCCAUGCCUGGCCUGUCAGUGACAUGAUAAUGAUGCACCUGAAAUAUACAUCUAGUUGUGCAAGGUGCCAAGAGGUAGAGAUGGCAGCACUUCAGCCUCCCAGACCAAGGUCUGCCCAGGGACAUCUGGUCAUGUCCCAGGGCUAUGCAGAUUUUUAG